CGGCAAACGACUACGAGAUACCGAAAGUGAAGAAAACAAGCAACCCCACGUAAAACAGCAAACAACAACCAGCAGCAUGUCUCAACAAUUGACGAUAUCGAGCUUCUACAACAAUAAAUUUGCCCAACGAGUGCUUUCGUGGAUACGCGACACCACUGGUCUCGAAGACUCUACAACGGCUACCGCUGCAGGCGCUGCAGCCGUUGCAGCUGUGGUACUCGCGACAACAGUUGCUUGGCAGCACGCUUCUUCAUCGAAAAACAAGCCCAUUCCUUUCCAAGGAAUUCCAACACCCAAAGGUUGCCAUCCACUCGUUGGCCACAUGCUGACUAUCGGUGCGAACAGAGUGCAAAAAUGCCAUGAAUGGCACAAAGAACUUGGUCCGAUUUUCUAUUUCAAGAUGGGUGUCAGGAACGUUAUUGUCAUUGCAGAUCCUAUUAUGACACACGAGCUAUUCGUCACCAAUGGAAAAAUCACUUCAAAUCGCGCACCUCCAACACUUCCUCAUGAUUUCAAUUCCAAUGGUCACAUUGGCAUUGCGUCAGCGCAGCCAGAAAACAAACAUUGGAGCAGGGCACGCAAGUCAGUGCUAAAUGCUUUAGGACCAAGAGAGCUCAAAGAAGCCAGCCCUCUACUUUUAAAAGAAGCAGACGAAUUUGUUGACACUGUUGCCACCGGAGAAAACAUGGACCCCAUGGCACGGCUUAUGCGAGUCUCUCUCAACUUUAUUCUCCUUGCCAUCUUUGGUGUACGCACGACAUCGAUUGAGGACCCAAUUUACAAGCAGUCAGUCUUGAUUAUCAAGAGAUUUAUGGGCCUUACAGAUUUCCGAAAUAUUGCUAGUCGGUUUAUCCCGGUUUUGCGGAUUCUAGAUCCGUUUGUGGGUCUAACCAAGAAGGGAUAUUUGUAUCUGGAAAACGAUUGCAAACCUUUUCUUACAGAAAUGAUUGAAAGAGCAUUGGACUCGGAGGAGCCUAAUAUGACCAAGGCAUUGAACAACGAAAUGAAUGGAGGCAAAAAGGGAUAUUACAACAAUAUGAUGCGUGUUAUACUUGAUAUGGUCGUCGCUGGAACAGAUACUACGGCCGUCACGUUGGCAUGGGGGUUCCUCCAAAUAUCCACCAAGCCUGUCGUUCAAAAGAAGAUCCAACAUGAACUUGAUGCUUUUGUAGAAAAGAACGGUCGUCUACCUUAUUUUUGGGAACGCGCUCAAGUUCCAUACCUGGUUGCUACACAGCGCGAAUGCAUGCGACUUCGACCCACUACAGAUUUUGGGCUCAUCCAUGUUACGGCUGAAGAUCUAGAAUGGCGAGGUACGCUCAUCCCAAAGGGUACGAUGAUGAUGUCCAAUAUGGGUGACACGCAUCUUGAUCCUAUCAAAUACCCUAACCCGGAAGAAUUCCAACCUGAACGCUUCCUCGACAAGUCAAGUGAAACCAUGGCUGCUUCUGCUAAUAGAAAAGCCGAGGAUCGAGAUCAAUUUAACUUUGGAUGGGGCCGACGUGUUUGUGUUGGUACGCACUUGGCUGAAACACAAAUGUUCAACAUCUGGGUCCGUGUGCUUCGCAGGUGCGAUGUCAAACCAGCAUUAGAUGCCGCUGGCAAAGAGGUACCUCUCGGCCUUGACUCGGUUCCUCCCAAAAGUGGUCCACUGGUGACAGGCCCGAGUCCGUUCGAGAUUCGAUUCGUUCCAAGAACCUAGACAUGCAAUCGCUAUCUGACUCU